UUCACAUCCUAAAGCACAAGAAACUCGAAAACUUACAUCUUAUUUUCAUUUCUUAGACUAGUAUUUCUUCAACACAUACAAAAAUGGGUUUUCCGUUACCUAGAAUCGUAAGAAAGGCAUCAUUUACUUCAUCUUCAAAAGCUAUGGAAAUUCCAAAAGGUUAUCUUGCAGUUUAUGUUGGAGAGAAAAUGAAGCGGUUUGUGAUCCCCAUAUCAUACUUGAACCAUCCUUCAUUUCAAGACUUGCUAAGUCAAGCUGAGGAAGAAUUUGGAUAUGAUCAUCCAAUGGGUGGUCUCACAAUUCCUUGUGAAGAGAAUAUGUUCUUAGAUAUCACUUCUCGCUUGACUUGGGAACUUUUCCUUGCAGUUAUUCUUACAUACAUCUUUAAAAAAAUGGGUUUCCGUUUACCUGUUAUUCGAAGGACAUCAUCAUUCUCAGCUAGCCAAGCAACUUCUAAAUCUGUGGAAGUCCCAAAGGGGCGUUUAGCAGUGUAUGUUGGAGAAAUACAGAAGCUGUUUGUGAUCCCCAUUUCAUACCUGAACCAACCUUCAAUCCAAGACUUGUUGAGCCAAGCGGAGGAAGAGUUCGGAUAUGAUCAUCCUAUGGGAGGUCUAACAAUUCCUUGCAAUGAAGAUGUCUUCCAACAAAUCACUUCUCGCUUGGAUUGAUGAUGAAUCUCACACUGCAGGAGACUGACAUAGAUUAGUAUACACAUUUUGUAGAAUAGGCAACUUGUAAUUACACAUGUUUCUAAGUAAAUGAAAGAAGAAUGACCAUUACUA